AUGAUGAAAGAUAUUCAUGAGUUGAAUGGUUUACGAGUUAGAGCAUCUCCGAGUCCAAGUCCAAGUCCAAGUCCAAGUCCAAAUCCAUCCAAAAUGACGUCCCUUCCUUCACCAGUCGGAUCUUCAUCUCCAUCUCAGAUGAAACACUCUAUGACCCUAACGGACUUCACCAUAUCGAUCUCUGAAUCUAGUAAACCCCCAGAUGUCACUUCCAGCUCGGAUAACAUCAAUCAGAGUCGUUCAAAAUCGAGAUGGAAUACAUUAGAAUUCAGAUUAUAUACGGUGGCUUUCGCUUUAGUCGUUCCUAUCAUGAUUUGGAUUCCUAUCAAUCUGAGCUCAACUUCACAUCCUAAUUAUCACAAAUUCGAUCAUCGUUUAUCACCAGGAUGGUUUGGAUAUAAAGUCGAUAACAGUGAUGCUCAAUAUCGUACAUUUCGUUCAAAUCUCAUUCCGCUCUUAUCACUCUCAUCAAUAUACCUCUUAUCAUCUUAUAUCCAUUCUCGACUAAUCACUAUUCCUUCUCUUGAGAAUAGAUCAAGGUUCAUAUUCACUUUCUCUGUAAUAAUGAUAUUCAUCUUACAUGGAUCAUCGGCUUUCAAGGUAUUGAUCAUAUUAUCACUGAACUAUUAUGUUUCUCGCAUAUCGGUGACUGGUCCGAUCAAGAAGAUUUGGCCUGCGAUAUUGGUCGUAGGGAACAUGGCUAUUCUAUUCGCGAAUGAAAGGAACCAAGGAUACAAAUUUGGUGAAUUACAUGGAUCAUUAGGUACUUUGGAUACAUGGAGCGGGUUAUUACCUCGUUGGCAUGUCGGUUUUAAUAUAACUAUGAUGAGAAUGGUUUCUUAUGGUCUGGAUUAUCUAUGGAGACAACAAAAUACAUCUCAAGAGAUUCCUACAGAAUACAGGAAAAGAGUAACAACGUCCGUAUCGGACGAGGAUUACGGAUUUAUCAAUUACAUGUCAUACUGUCUAUAUCCACCGCUAUAUAUAGCUGGACCAAUAAUCACUUUCAACGAUUUUAUAUGGCAGCUGCGCAAUCCCACGACGAUCCAAUAUAAAGCGAAAAUAUCCUAUGCGAUCCGAUUUGUGUUCUCAUUCCUAACGAUGGAAUCAAUGUUACACACAAUGUAUGUCGUAGCUAUAAAAGAUACGAAAGCUUGGCAAGGUGAUUCGCCAGCGGAAAUGAGUAUGAUUGGGUUUUGGAAUCUGGUGGUUGUUUGGUUAAAACUCCUUAUUCCCUGGCGAUUUUUCAGGUUAUGGGCGUUGUUGGAUGGUAUGGAUCCACCUGAGAAUAUGAUCAGAUGUGUUGCGAACAAUUACUCCACACUUGGAUUUUGGAGGAGUUGGCAUAGGAGUUAUAAUCUAUGGGUUGUAAGAUACAUCUACAUCCCAGUUGGAGGAUCUAAAAAUGCGAUAUUAGCGACUGGAUUAGUAUUUACUUUUGUUGCUCUAUGGCACGAUUUGUCAUUCAAAUUAUUAGCUUGGGGUUGGUUGAUAAGUCUCUUCAUCUUACCUGAGUUAAUAGCCAGAAAGACUUUUUCAGCCAGUAAAUAUGAUCAUAAUUGGUGGUAUAGACAUUUAUGCGCUAUAGGAGGGGUGAUUAAUAUACUUUUGAUGAUGUCUGCGAAUUUAGUCGGAUUUGUAUUGGGUUUAGAAGGUAUGAAGACUUUACUAGUAGAAUUGACAUCUACUGUUUCAGGUUGGUUAUUCAUGUUGUUUGCAUGUUGCUGCUUGUUCAUAGCUGUACAAGUCAUGUUCGAGUAUCGAGAAGAAGAGAAGCGGAAAGGAAUAGAUAGGAAAUGUUAG